AGUAGUAUCUGCAGUACGGAGUUGAAAGGGAGUUACAGAAUGAACUCAUUUUCUUAGGUUGUUUUUUUUCCCCUCCUCUGCUUUCAUUCAAGAUACCAAGGGUGUAUCAUUAUUUACACUGCAUUCUGAAACAACUGUCAGGAAGAGAAGGAAACAAUAAAUUAUGAAACUAGAGGUACCAGACAGAUUUGAAGAUGUUGCUGUGACAUUUUCUGAUGAGGAGUGGACAAUGCUUAGUCAGCAGGAAAAGGAACUGCACAAGGAGGUGAUGAAGCAGAACUUCGAAAAUAUGAUUUCACUGGGAUACACUGUUGAGAAGGAGCAGUUAUUAGUGCUGAUUAAGAGUGAAGCGGAAGAUCAGUUUGGAGAUGUGCAUGUGCAGGCGACAACGGUGGGGGAAUAUGAUGAGGACACUUAUCUCAGUGAAUGCAGUAUUCCAAAAGACGAGUUGUUACUUAUUUUGAAAACAGUUGAGAAUUUGUGGUCUGAAGAUGGACAAGCAGAAGAAAGCACAAUACCGGAUAGUCACUUAGAGUCUUCUCCAGGAUUCAGCAGGAGUCUUGAUCGCAGUGAGCUUCCGAAGCAGCGAUUCUCACCAGAAAGAGAACACACAAGCCAAAUGGAGGAGAAAAACCGUCAUCUUCGCCAGCAAUAUGGAAAGAGUUUGCAUGAAUAUCAUUCAGUCUUUAUACAGAAAGAUACCCAAGAUGACAGUUGUCAAGGGGAUAUUUGCAUGAUAAAUUUAGAUGAUAGCUGUAGCAAUUACAUUGUCCAAAAUGGACUCAUAAUUAAGCAAGUACCUGAUGAGGGCAUGCAGUACAACUGUGAAGGUUUUGAUAUUACUUUAGAAGAGGAAGACAUAUUUGUAAAAUAUGAAGACGAUGUUUUAUUGAAGAAGCCUUAUAGAUGUCCUGACUGUAACAAGACAUUUGUUCAUAAGGGUAACUUAAAUAUGCAUCUAUUAGUUCAUACAGGAUUAAGGCCCCAUAUCUGUACCAUAUGUAAUAAGAGGUUUAGUCAGAAGGGAAAUCUCAAAACACAUACUCGCACUCAUGACAGGAAAAUAACAUACUUAUGUGAUAAAUGUGGCAUAAGUUUUCAGGCACAAAGUAGACUAAUAAGGCAUCAGCAAACUCAUGAAGAGAAGUCGUAUAAGUGUUCAGACUGUUAUAAAAGUUUUACAAAACAGCAUGCUCUUAGGAAACACCAACAAAUGGUUCACUUGCUAGAGAAACCAUUUAAAUGCUUUGCCUGUGACAAAUACUUUAGCCAGAAAUGUAACCUGAUGCAGCAUCAGCGAAUUCAUACAGGUGAAAGACCAUAUAAAUGUAAUAAAUGUAACAAGAGUUUUACAGGAAGGGGUAUUCUUGCAGUACAUCAGCGAAUUCAUCUGGGUGAGAAACCGUAUGAAUGCUCUGCAUGUGGCAAAUGCUUUAGCCAGAAGGGGAACCUAAUAACACAUCAGGAAGUUCAUAGGACAGACAGACCAUAUAAAUGUCCACAGUGUUCAAAAGAAUUUUUACGGCACUGUGCUCUGCUGAUACACAAACGAAUUCAUACUGGAGAGAGGCCAUAUCAGUGUGCAAAAUGUGACAAGGGUUUUACAGUUAAGAGUAGUCUGAUGAGGCAUCAACAAACACACACAGAUGAAAGUCUAUAUAAGUGUACAGAUUGUGACAAAACGUUUUCAGGUAAAAGUGCACUUACUACACAUCUGCGAAUUCACACUGGAGAGAGACCAUACAAAUGUGUUGACUGUUUCAGGACUUUUAACCAAAAAGGAAAUCUCUUAGCUCAUCAGAGAAGUCACAGGAAUGAGAGAAUUUAUAAAUGCUCACAAUGUAAAAAAACGUACACAGGGCAGAGUGCACUACUGACACAUGAAAAAGUUCACAAAGGUGAGAGGUCCUAUAAAUGUUGCAAAUGUGAUCUAAGUUUUAAUAGAAGAAGAAGCCUCUUAAAACACCAACAGAUUCAUGCAGAGGAAGUAUCCUAUAAGUGUUCAGAAUGUGAAGAGCACUUUAAAGAACGCUUUGCUUUACAAAAGCACUUGAUUGUUCACAUUCCUAAAGAACCCUACAAUUUUAAUGCAUCUGACCAGAACCAUUUGAACAAGGACAGCAUAUCAUAUCCACCACUGCAUACGCAGGAAUCAUUUCACAAAUGUAUAAAGUGUAACAAGUAUUAUAUUGAGCAUGUUUCUGUUGUAAAGCAGCAGCAGCUGAUUUCCAAAGAAACUCGACCAUAUACAUGCAUUGAUUGUGUGAAUGGUUACAGCACAAAUGGUAAUGCAUUAAAAGAAAAGCAAAUUCACAAAACUGUGAAACUGUAUAAAUGUACAGAAUGUGGCAAGGCCUUCCUUCAGAAAGGUAAUCUAGUAGCACAUAUUCGAAUUCAUACUGGAGAAAAACCAUUUAAAUGUCCAGAAUGUGGUAAGUGCUUCAACCAGAAAGGUAAUUUGAUGACACACCAGCAAAUUCAUAUAAGGAAAAGACAUGCUGUACAAAAAAAAGGUGAAAAGAAAAAACGAAAUGCAAUACGCAUGGAAAGAGAAAAUAUUGAAAAAGGAGUUUUCAGCUGAUGAGCAGGUAACACAGUUUUGUUACAGAUUAGAAUGUUUGUGAGUUGGCUUCAUUGGGUGUUUCAGAAUGCUGGAAGGUGAACAAUCAGAGAGAUGCGUAACUAUCUCAAAAAGAUCUUCAGAUACUGAAACCUGGUGGUAUGUUCCCCUCAACAAAGUGGAUGAAUGGAAGGACAACACCACACUGCAAAGGGCAAGGAGAUAGCAGACUUUACUAGAGCUUGCAUGGAAAUAGUAACUGAACUUUGCUCUCAAGACACAAAAAAAUUAAUUUAGUAACAUCUAACAGAUUUUUACCACAUGCUGAAUUCUGCUGCAGUAGAAUCUGAUGUGUGACAUGUCAAGGUCCAUUUCUUAAGACCCUCUAUGCAAAAAACAAAUCACAAGCUUCUUCUAUGCGGAGCUAUUGAGAAGAUGCAUUCUGGGCGUUGGAUGCAAAUGAGCAAAGAUUUGUCCUGCUGCUGUUAUAGUGGGAAGAGAUGUUUUAAGAUAAGUGUGGCUUAACACAUGAAGACAUUGUACAAACCUGAACUACAUGCUAUAAGGCUAAUGUCUAUUCCAGGUGAAGGAAGCAAUUAUAAUAUCUGAUUUAAGUCAAAUGGUUGUAGAUGUACCAUUUAGAAAUGUAAUAAUAAGAAGCCUGUUUGUAAAGGGCAAGCAUUCCUUAACAGCUAUUGUGAGUGGUAGCUUUGCUGUAAGGGAGGCAAAUAUAAGGCCUUGCUAACUGACCACGAGCUGAAGAAUAUCAAAAACUUUAAUUAUCAAAAACAUAAACAGUGCCAUUUACUGCUUUUCUCAUUUUGGAAAUAAAAUGGCUAACAUCAAAACUGUUUCAUCUAAACAGAUGUGAGAGAGAAAAAAACGUAUAAAAAAGGUGUUCUACACAGCUAACUGUAAUGAUGUUUGUAUUGAUACACACUAUUUUCACUUUUCACAAGCAAGAGCUCAUUAUAAACUUAGACAUUACAAACCUGGAAGGAAAAUAAGAAGCAGAGAUGGAGAGUAUUUUAGUAAAGUGUAUUUGAAAUGUACUGUCUGGGAUAAGGGAACAAACUCCAUUAUAGUAAAGCCAUUAUUUCCAGAAGCCCUGUAAAGUUCAGAAAAGGCAUUUUCGUUCAGAAAUCAAGCUCAGCAUUGAUAGUCCGGGGAUAGAGAAUUUGAUACAGUGAUUCUCUUAAUAUACUUUUGUUUAACAAGGAAAAAAAAAAAAAAAACUACAUGUAAUCCCCUGAGUAAGGUACAAUGGAUGUGUUUAAAUAAAUUUUGUAGUACAUACAGCUGAGCGGACAGAAUCGACAAAUGCAUUGUUUAGCCGAUGCACAGCAGUUAAAGAACAGGAUGUCCAUAGUGUAAUGAGCAAAGUCAAGUGAAAUAUUUUAUGUCAGAUUUGUCAAUACUAAGUCUAAUGAGGAAAGGUGCUAACUUAUACAACACAGUAAUUCAAUUUGCCUGACAUCCACACAUCUGUUUUGCUGCAUUACAGAGAUGCUAAACUUUCUAUCACUGUCUUUGUGUGUAUAGUACAUAUUGUUUGAAAUCCAGAAAUUGUAAGUAUUAGUAGCACAAUUUUUCCACAUUCAGAAGAUUUAUUACAAUUAUAGUUCAAAAUACUGCAGUGAAAUUUUACAAACGAUGAGAUCAUUUCUGCCAAUAUCUGAUGCCAUUUGAAACAGACAACUUUAAUAAAAUGACAUUAAAGUUAAUCUUAGUCUUAAGGAGACAAACUUUGUAGAGGUCUUUAGCGCACAGUUGUUACAUAGUAGAACAGGAGAUUCAAAUCAGCAUGCACUGUUAAUAUUAAUCACUAUGCAGGUUUUCUCAAGAUAUAUUAAUAUUGUGUUCCAGAUGUCUUUUAAUAUAUACUGAAAUGUAUGUAGAAAAUCAAGCUCUUGUGAUAUCCAUCUAUAAAGGUCUUAUUAGUGCCAUACUAUUGAAUAAUUAGAAGCACUGUUCCACUGGUGGUCAGUCCUGAGAAUCAUCAGUUGUAAUACUAAUAGAAUGGGGACUGCUUUCUUUUAUCUCCCUGUGCAAUCUUGGAGGGCAUUAUAUUUUAUUAAGGUGUAUGGGAUGCCCUUACAGAAUCAGACAAACAAAAACUUUAUACAUUUUAUUGCUACAGGAUCCCAGAAUUGACUGUCUAUUGAUCUUUAUGAAUGUAACCCUCUCCUAAGUAGGAGUAUUUGUUAAAAAAAAAAAUGAAUCUGCUAUCAUAUGUUCAAGCAAGUAGUUUAAUUUCAUUGAUCCCUGGUAUUUUGGCCCUUGAACAAUUUGUAAUGUGAGUGCAACAAGCAUACAGAUCCUCGCAUCAUCUGUUUGUCAUCUUGGGACUGAUGCUG